AUGGCUCACACGAAUGGAUCUGGCCUGGAGUAUGAAGACGAGAACUCGAAGGAAAGGGCAAUGGCAGCCACAUAUGCUGCUUACACCAAACGGACAAAAUUGCAUGCAGAGAAGGCCAAGGCCCAACAGCUCUCCCGACAGCUUAAGACUCGACUACAAUUUGCUCGACUCAAGGUGGACUAUGGUUGGACCCGGCAGAGCCUCAAUGAGGUUGAAAACUUGUAUUUUCAUUUGAGCCGUGCUAGACCUGUCCCUCAGUCUCCAACACGCACCGAAAAGCAAGAGGUAAAAGCUGCUGGCCCAAGUACCCCUCCAAUGCUGGCAACUACGCCCGUACAAGAGCCGUCCGAGGCAUCCACGGCCCCCUCUACUCAAUCAACCCAAGAAGAAAAUCCUUUAUCUACCUCGUUAAAUACCACAUCUCUCCCUGGUCCUUCUACGUCACCGGUCUCGCUACCAUUUCGUACAGCGUCCCUUCCUCAACCUGCUUCUGCCCCUGUACCCAAGCGUCAUGGACUCGUAGAGCGCACACGGACUGGUGGCAUUGUUCGUUCCCAGCCUCCCGAACGACUUCGUACGGGUGGUAAAGUCAAACCACCGAGCAGUGUGUUAUCUCCCAAGAAACGGGGUCGACCUCGUCUACCAGACGAGUCGGAAUCCACAGCUCCAAUGUCGAGCACACCUAUCUUGGGUACUAGUGCUGAUGGCACUGUAACCGACGGAACGUUGACAUACGAUUCGUUCUGGAGUUCCUUGAAUUCGUUGAAAACACCGACUAGUUCAUAG